AUGCCAUCACUCGACCACAUAAUCCUCCUCGUCUCCCACUCAACCCUAACAUCCCUCCCCCAAUUCCUCACCAAAAACUUCACAGUCACACCAGGCGGCCGUCACGCCGACAACCUAACCGAAAACGUGCUGAUCUGUUUCCGCGAUGGAGUAUACAUAGAGCUCAUCGCUUUUAUCCCCGGACAAGAAGGACGCGAGACGCAUUGGUGGGGAAACAAGAAGGAGGGCGGGAUUAUUGAUUUUGCGUUUACGGGCGAGAGUGCGGAGGGGAACUGGGAGGCUGUGAAUGGGAGGCUAGAGGGUAAGGAGGUGGGAGUGAGGUAUGAGAAGCCGGUUAAGGGGGGGAGAAUUAGGGGAGAUGGAAAGGAGGUUAGGUGGUUUGUUACUUUUCCUGAGUUAAAAGGGACGAGGUAUCAGAGGGGUGUGUUGCCGUUCUUUUGUCAUGAUGAUACCGAGAGGACAUUGAGGGUGCCGUCUGACAAAGAGAAUGUGGAGCAUUCUUGUGGUGCCCAAGGAAUUCGGAGCUUAUCCAUCUAUGUUCCCGAGGAGAUGAUAGAUGAGUUAAGAAAAGUGUAUAGUGCAGUGCUGGGAGUCGAUUGCGACGAUGGUGGUGGAUAUGUCGUCAACAGUCUGAAUGGAGGCAUGAAGACUACCAUUGUGCUGAAAACUCCCGCGAAAGGAGAUGCAGCACUGGAGAAAGAAAUGAACGAGAGAGGGGGCCUGUUCAUCGGAGAGCUGAUAUUCUGGGGAAAGGGUGGAAAAGAAUUGAAAAUCGAUGGCGAUAGGAGUCUGCGCUUAGGCUUAGGUGAUCAAUUCUUUUGA